UAACCACAUUUCACAACAGUUCACUGCAGUUCAUUGACCAAUUGUCAAAACAAAAAUCAUUAAUCGAGCAAUAUGUGAUUUAUUCUGGUUUAAAAUUCAAGUAAAUUUAUGUAAACCUAACUUAAUACUGAUCCAAUCUUGAAUUAUCAUAAUUGUGACAAGAAAAUGUGGAAAUUUGGAACUUCAUAAUCCAUAACCUCAAAAAUAAUGAACUUUAAUGACAUCUACCAUGAGAAGCAAGUUAGAGAAUUAUGUGCUUUGCACGCUUUAAACAACUUAUUUCAAUCGAAAGAUGCAUUUACGAAAAUGGAGCUCGACGUAAUUUGCCACUCUUUGUCACCAGACAAUUGGAUAAACCCCCAUAAAUCCGUACUGGGGUUGGGAAACUACGAUAUUAACGUCAUAAUGAAAGCCUUGCAAUCGAGGGGAUAUGAAACGAUUUGGUUUGAUAAACGAAAAGACCCGAGUUGUUUGAAUUUUAAAAAUAUCUGUGGGUACAUUUUGAACGUCCCCAGUGAGUAUAAAAUCAGUUUUAUUACACUGCCCUUACGUAGGAGACAUUGGAUAACAAUCAGGCAACUAAAUGGAUUGUUUUAUAAUUUAGAUUCAAAACUAGAAUCGCCCCAAAUAAUUGGAAGGGAAUCUGACCUCUUAAAUUAUUUAAAAGAAGAAUUGGAUUGUAGAGAUAAAGAAUUAUUUUUAGUCGUUACAAACGACGUAGGAAAAGAGCAAAGUUGGUUGAAGAAUCAAGCCAGUUACAGCAACCUCCAAGAGAGAGAAGCCGAAAUAGUACAGUUGAGGGACAUUACAAGCGAUGAUGUUAACGUUACAAUCAAUCCCUUAUGUAAUAAUAAAUCAGAUUGGUCAUAAGAUUUGUCUAAUUGCCAUUAUGUGUUCAAGGGCUUAAUGUGUGUUUUUUAAUGCUUUUUGUGAAUCAUUAAAAAUAGAACGAAUUUCAACCAAA